AAUUUUUAAAGCUCAAAUUUUUACGUGCUCAUCUAACGGAUGCAGCAACCAGCUUCAACGGCGCUUUAUUACACAUGAUCGGCAUUGUAAAGGAAUUGUUCAUGGAAGGCAUUUCCAAAGAAAAAAUAGUCGGUUUUAAUUCGCGUUUAAUCGCAACAUUAGACGGUAAAGAUGCAAAGAAACGACAGAAAUUACAAUUUCAAAAUGAUAUUGGAAUUGAUUUUGUUCUCGACAAUGGGGGUUGGGUUUUCACCACACAAAACUUUGAUCAAUUAAAGCCCAACGAACAGAAAAAGACUUUUAAUCAAGUGGUAAAUACAUUAGCUGAUACACUUUUCAGAACGGAAAUCGUUAACGAAUGUGAAUGUGAAGCACCCCAUGGGCUGCAUGCACAGCAUCGUUGCGUCAUUAAAUCUUCUACUUUCUUGCCGAAUAAGAAAAUUAAGUCGAAAUAAAUCGAAUUAUAUUUAAGCAAUGACUACAAACUAAACAUGCCUUUGUUAUACAAUAAGAAUAAAAUU